UAAGCAUUAAUGCACAAUUGCUUUUGCUGUGUUUGUUAUAACUCAGUGGCAACAUUGUCAUGUGAAUGCAGUCGUCGUGAUACUGACUUCUUUUUACAUUCUCACACCCAAGAACAUCUGCAAACAUCUUCCUCUGAACAGGAAAAACAGUGAGACGAUUAUAAGAAUGGAUUCAAUGGAAGUUGAUGAUGACAUAUAUUUAAAUAAGAGCCUCACAAUGGAAGGUCUUAUAACCCAGGUGGAUGUUCAAAGAAGAAAACAGCCCUGCAGACAUGUGACUGUGUGUCUUGGGUUACUGUGUGUGGUCCUGUUGGCUGGCAAUAUAGGACAAAUCAUCUACUAUGGAAUACUCACCCAUCCCUCAUCGGCAAAUUCGAUCCAGGCCAGUUACAACACUCUGACUCAAGAAAGAGACCAUCUCCAAAAUGAUAAUGAUACCCUGACAACAGAAAGGGACCAACUGCAGAGCAAUUGUGACUCUUUAACUGCAGAGAAAGAACACUUAGAGGCCAAAGUAAGAAACUUGACUAAAGAAAAAGACCAAUUCCAGCAAAGUUUCAGUUCUUUGUCAGCUGAAAGAGAUGAGUUCAAGGCCAGUUUCAGCAAUCUAAAAAAUGUACGAGACCGGUUACAAGCGAAUUAUGAUGCCUUGAAACAAGAGAGCAGCCAACUAAACACAAGCUGCAAUGACAUGCAGAGGAAUCUUGAGGGGCUACAGACUGAGCACAAUAAUCUGACAGCAAGUAAAGACCAGCUGCAGACCAAAUGCAGUAACCUGCAGAGACAAAAAGAUGAGUUACAGGAUCGUUUUAGUGCACUCACAUCAAACCGAGAUCAGUUACAGAGCAAUUACUCCUUUCUGAAGAGGGACAAGGACCAGUUACAAAGGAGCUACAAUACACUGAGUACAAGUAAAGAUCACCUCCAGAUCAGCUACAGUUCCCUGUGGAAAGACAAAGAACAACUGCAAAGCAGAUAUAACGCUCUGUGGAGGGUGAAGGAGUGGUUACAGACCAAUUACAGCAGUUUGGCUGCAGAGAGAGAGCGGUUACAGAACAAGACCGACAAGCUGACAGUUAAAGUAAGAGGCAAACCCUGUCAGACAGGCUGGAGGAAGUUUGAUAUCAGCUGUUACUUUAUUUCAACCAUUAAGAGAAACUGGACGGUGAGCAGAAAAGACUGCAUUGCCAGGGGAGCAGAUCUGGUAAUCAUAGACAGCAGGGAUGAACAGGUAUUUGUUAACGGGUUACUGGGUGUAAGCCAAAAUGCCUGGAUUGGUCUGACUGACAGUCUUCAGGAGGGGACUUGGACGUGGGUGGAUGGGACACCACUCACCAUGGACUUCUGGCAGCCGAGGCAACCCAAUAACUUCAGUGGGAACCAGGACUGUGGAGAAAUCGUGCAGAAACCAUCAGUGGGAGAAUGGAACGACGAUGGCUGUUUUGCUGAACAGCUCUGGAUCUGUGAGAAAUAAGACCACGGUGAUUUACACUGGUAACACAGAUUUUCAUCGUCAUUGGAAACCACUGGCUCGGAGCUGAGUGCCACAAAAGAAGCUGGAAAUUACUGAGAGACAAUCGCUUUGGUGGUUUUGGUCUUUUCAUGGAAUUUGUUGACAGCAGCAAAAACAUGGAUUAUUGCCAUCUUUAUUUUUUGAUACUGUAAAAGAGUCAGUUCACCCAAAUUACAAUAAUACAUAUUUCUCAUGUAAUCAAAAAAAAAAAAAAAAAAAAAAUCAACAGCACUUUAAUACAGGAACAGUUUUAAAUGCUGGGGCCUCUUUUUUGUAAUUUGAGUGACGCAGCUCUUUAACAGACACAUCAUGUGGCACAUACAUACAUAAAUAUCCACACAUACAUAAAUGUCCAGUGCAUCUAUUUUUCACUUAUAUACUUUGACCAAAAUCAUUACAUCUUUUUUUUCCCCCAAAUCUAAAUAUCUGAAUAUAUAUAAUUUUACCUUUCAUGGUAACAAGCAAUCGUUGAUGCAGAGUAUUGCUAAUAUUUGCACACAUUUACUAUUUAGCUCAUGAUUUGUUUUUAAUGUGAUGGAAUAUUUAAUUUCUUCAUUGGACAAAAUUCUGCAGCCUUGGGAACAGCUCAGUAAAUGUUUUUGUAUUCUGCCUUCUGUGUGAUUAAAUAUGUAUGAAACUGCA